AUGUGUAAAAUUCCAAAUUUAUCGAAAGGAUGCUAUUGUUACCCGAUUGAGCCAGGGAGGGGAACAUCCGUACACCAGCAGAAAAAAAAAUCAGACCUCAAAUUCCAUCUCGAGUCGACCACAGACGUGCUGGAGGUCUCGGGAAACUGCGGGUUGCGGGCAGCGCGCAAUGUGGAACGCAGCCGCUCGCACCGCUACGUGGGUCAGCUACAGAGCCAAACCGAGGCCGCUAGAGUGCACGCGCAGGCCGUCGGCGUUGACUACUGCCUCGACUCGGCCUCGAGACGGCCUCGACGGCUACUUCUCAAACUAUUCCACCUUAGUGAUCAUUAUUAG